AUGAAUAAAGACAUUGAAUAUGGCACUGGUAGUUGGCGUAAUUCUUCCAUAUUCACAAUUGCCAUUGAUAUUGGAGGAUCAUUGGCAAAAGUAAUAUUUUCUCCCUUACACUUGGGACGACUACGGUUUGAGACGGUAGAAACCGAGAGGCUAAAAGAAUUCAUGCAAUUGCUCCAUGAUAUCAUCAACAAGUAUAACAAUGGGUCACAAAAAAGUACCAUCAUUAUAGCAACCGGCGGUGGUGCUUACAAAUUCUAUGAUUUACUUCAGGAAGAGUUUCCAGAUGUGAUAAGUAUAAAAAGAGAAGAUGAAAUGCAGUGCUUGAUCAAAGGCUUGGACUUUUUUAUUCAUGAGAUCCCAGAGGAGGUGUUCACUUACAAUGAUAUUGACGGGGAGCACAUCGUGGUACCCGAGCAUGCAAAAGUCUAUCCAUACAUGCUCGUGAACAUCGGCUCAGGUGUAUCAAUCCUGAAAGUUGACUCUCCAAACAAGUUCUCACGAGUUGGCGGAUCUUCCUUGGGUGGUGGAACUCUUUGGGGUCUUUUAUCUCUUAUAACGGGUGCACGUACGUAUGAUGAAAUGCUUAGCUGGGCGCAUAGAGGGGAUAAUACCAACGUAGACAUGCUCGUUGGAGAUAUUUAUGGGUCAGAUUAUGGCAAGAUUGGUCUGAAAUCUACAAAUAUAGCAAGUUCGUUUGGAAAGGUGUUUCAAAGGGGCACUCAGCACGAGCCUGAGCAGGAUGAAAUAAGUGCGGAGACGUCUACAAAAGAUAUACAGGCACGUUAUAGAAAGUUCAACAAUGCAGAUAUAUCUAAAAGUCUGCUAUAUGCUAUCUCUAACAAUAUAGGGCAAAUUGCAUAUUUGCAGGCUAAAGUGCACAACGUUCAAAAUAUUUAUUUUGGAGGCUCAUAUAUCUGGGGCCAUCUAACCACCAUGAACACCUUAAGCUAUGCAAUCAAUUUCUGGUCCCAAGGAGGCAAACAAGCAUUUUUUUUGAAGCAUGAGGGAUACCUUGGUGCAAUGGGUGCGUUUUUAAAUGCUCAAGAGCAAACGGCCAACAAUUGA